GCCCUUUCUCUUCUUUUGCUAGCGCAGCGCCUUUGCUCGCCGAGUCCUUGUCCUUCCUUGGAAAGAAGAACUCGCCUGGCGUGUUGCGCGUCCCCCAGAAAUAUCCACCGAACAACAUCUUCUUCUCCGCCUCGGCUCCAAGCUGCAGCCCCCCGCCCUGCCAAGUCUCCAACCGCCGCUCGCUCCGAUCCGGCACCCUCUGCUCUCUAACCCCACGCUCUGUCGAUCUGCGCUGCCGCGGAGAUGGCGGAGCAGGAGCAGCGGCCGCUGCUCGAGGUAGAGCAAUGUGCCACAUCUAUACCAGAAGAUCAUGAAGCCACAUGUUGGGGCUGUGGGCUCAGGCUUGUUUUUGCAAGCUAUUCGCCUGUCUAUAAGUGUGGCUGGUGUGGAGCAAUUACGCAAAGCAACCAGACUGCAAGAAAACCUGAUAGUGUAUGCUUUUCCCACUGGAGGCGUUUACGGGACCGAUUCUUUGUGACUGUGCUCAUCCUCUUCAUGCUCUUUGUUAUAUGUGGUGGGGUCUGGGCGGUGUAUCCAAUUGUUUUCUCUGUCAGUAAAUUUUGUGGUAUUUUUCACUGCAUGGUAACAGCUAUCUUGGCUUUAUGCACCAUCACAAGUUAUUGUUUAGCCUCUUUUAAAUCUGCUGGUGCACCAACAAAAAUACGAUGGGGCAGCUAUCCCAUGGUUGGGAAAAGUGAUCUUGAGAGCUACACGUUUUGUACAUACUGCAAUAAACCAAAGCCCCCGAGAGCACAUCACUGCCGAUCUUGUAAAAUGUGUGUGGUGGACAUGGAUCAUCAUUGCCCAUUUAUUGGCAACUGUGUUGGAGCAUCGAAUCAUCAAGCCUUUGUCAUUUUUCUGAUAUCUGUGGUUAUAAGUUGUGCUUAUGCUGCUUCAAUGACCAUAUAUGCGAGUUAUAAGACAUGGCCCUCUGUCGAUUUCCCAAAUCUAGAAUCAUCUCGUCAUUCAAUGAGUUCUAUGAAAAUAUUGUUGGAGAUCAUUACUACCAUAGCAGGAUCUGCAUUCUUCUUGUCUGCAAGGGGUCUAGUUCUGGUAUACCUAGCAUUUGCUAGUUUAUCAGUCAAUGCUGGUAUAGGUGUCUUGCUGUGCCAGCAGCUUAGCUAUAUCUAUGAAGGAAAUACAUAUCUCAACCAUUUAAGUUCACCAAAUGCCAUGCAUGGAGAGAGAGGGUUGCAUAACAUUGUUAGAUUUUUCGGGUGCCCCUACCCAAUUUCCAGAGUUCUGUUGCGAUACUCAAAUACUGGCAAGUUGCAGGAUAAUUCAGGCUCCAAACUUCUUUAGAGGUAUAGAUCACAUUUGUGUCCCUUGCCAAGUGUUUUUUCAUGUACUUUUAAGAUUAGAUGGGGAUAAUGUUAUGAAAUAUUUAUGCUGCUUGAUUCCUCGUCACACGAUUAAAUCCCUGAUUUUUUCCCGCACAUGCAUCUACUUAGUCUUUGAGCUCACAAAUAGUUACAUUUACAUGUAGGUUUUGGUGCUUUACUCUUUUUCCCAGCAACUUGUGUGGAACUAUUUGUAUACCCAUAGAAUUGUGAAUCUCUGUUGACCACCAUAGAUUAGCUUGUGUAAUUGAAGGUGUUCAGGAAUGCAAUACUCAUGAUAAUCCAUGUUCUGGAGAAAGCAUUAGUUCGUCAGUGGAUGUUUCUCACAUUGAUCGGCCUGCAUAUUCAUUGCCCUGCACUGACAAUCAUAAGGUGCCGAUGGUCUUGCAUAUCUGAAAUUCUGCGCGUCGUCACUAUCUUUUUCAUCACUAUCUUCACGCAUGGAUCACGCUUGGUUGCUCCAGAAGAAAUGGACAUCAGGAUUGAGUGAUGCUAGGAGGUCAAUUUUUUUUUCUUGGACCACGUCCUUCUGAUGUUGUCGAUACAGUUGACAUGUAUAGGAAAACAACCCUGCAUUUGUUUCGGUAACAUUCACUGAACUAGCCAUUGUAAAUUGGUCAAUCAAGCAUCGAUGAGUGGGGUACAUUUGCUUUUCCCCUGUAGUUCGGCCAUUCUUUAUUUUGAUGGUAUGCAAAUUCAACUGGGAUCCGGGCCUGGUCGCCCAACAGAAAGUGGCUCGCAUGUUCAGAUUGCUCUUGCAACCGUUUGACUGCUUUUUUUUUUUUUUGUUCCAGUGGGGUUGCAUGAAAUCAGCAGCGAAAUUUCAGAGCCUGGACGCAUCAGUUCGUUGAAUGGUUCUUCCAACUCUGCAACUAACCAAGCGUCGGAACUUGUUUUCAUUAUCUAAAAAAACUAACCAAGCUGCAUUGAUGCCAUCAGUUCACUAAAUUAUUGUGAUAUCAAAUUUGUUUAUUUUUUUAAUCUGUUUAUUACCAGGCUUGCAGUCUGCGGCUGCUAUUGGUGUCCUUGUAGACCCCGGUUGGGAGGGCUCCUUGCACCGGCGGAGCCAAGCUGGAGACACCCUCACGACCUGGAAAAAUGGACUCCUACAGUCCUACUCUCCUCCGCAAGCCCCGUUUUUAGGCUAAGCAUGUUCAAUAAUAGAGCCUAUUAUGUUCAAUAAUAUCUAUUAUUGUCUCUUAAAUUUAUAAGAAACACCUAUCAUACAAUAGGUUAUCUCUCA